CAAUUCAGUUCAACGUCGCCUGCCUUCCGUUGCGCACACACUCAGUCCGCGAGAUACUCAGUUCGCGUGCGCCAAAGAUAGAGAGAUACAAAGAUACAAACAGCAGAAAAGAUACAGAUACAAAGCGUAGAAAGCCAAUCUACAAAGUGCUGAAAAUGCAGCUUGCUUUAUAAGUGCCAAGUGUUGACAAGUGUCCAGAUACAGUAUAUCGAAAUACCUGAAAAAAACAGGUGUCCAGCUAAAUCCUCGCUAAAGAACUACAAGUACCCACAAAAUGCUGGUCGGUUCGCAUCCGUAUCUGUGCAACGGCGUUCCCGUCGCCCCCGCAAAUCCCGCUGCCAAUGGCAGUGCGCAAACCACAACGACGACGGCCAGCAAAAGUGCCGCCGGCUCAGCGACGGACUUCUCCAUCGCCGCCAUAAUGGCCCGCGAAGAUGCCUCCAGUCGGGAGUCCUCCAUUCGCAGUGCAAGUCCCAUUUCGGUGGAGGAUGAGGUUGACGUUGAUGUGGUUGACUGCAGCGAUGCCGAGGAGCCGCCGACCAAGGCCCGACGUUUGAACCACCAUCAGCACCACAAUCACAAUCACCACCACCACCAUCAGCACCACAAUCACAAUCACAAUAACAACAAUCAUAGCAACAGCAACAACAACAACAACAAUAACAAUAAUAAUGUGGCACACAAGAGUCGCAACAGCGCCGGCGCCGUGGCACAAACAACAGCUUCCGCCGAAUCGCAGCUAAAUACCAGCUCGACGAGCAGCCAAGGACGCUGCUCCACGCCGCCCCAAUCGCCGGGCACGGAGGACAGUGAGGAGCGUUUAACACCCGAACCGGUGCAGAAGGCACCCAAAAUCGUUGGCUCCUGCAAUUGCGACGAACUGAAGCCGGUGCAAUGCCACCUGGAGACCAAAGAGCUGUGGGAUCGCUUUCACGAUCUCGGCACCGAGAUGAUCAUCACCAAAACGGGCAGACGCAUGUUCCCCACUGUGCGCGUCAGUUUCUCGGGUCCGCUGAGGCAAAUCCAGCCCGCCGAUCGCUACGCCGUGCUGAUGGACAUCAUUCCCAUGGACUCGAAGCGGUAUCGCUACGCCUACCAUCGGUCCGCUUGGCUGGUGGCCGGCAAGGCCGACCCCGCCCCCCCAGCCCGCCUCUACGCCCAUCCCGACAGCCCCUUCAGCUGCGAGGCGCUGCGCAAACAAGUUAUCUCCUUCGAGAAGGUGAAGCUGACUAAUAACGAAAUGGAUAAAAACGGACAGAUUGUUUUGAACUCGAUGCACCGAUACCAGCCCAGGAUUCACUUGGUGCGUUUGAGCCAUGGCCAGAGCAUUCCGUCGAAUCCCAAGGAACUGCAGGACUUGGACCACAAGACCUACGUGUUCCCGGAAACGGUGUUCACGGCGGUGACGGCCUACCAGAAUCAGUUGAUCACCAAGCUGAAGAUCGACUCGAAUCCGUUUGCCAAGGGAUUCCGCGACUCCUCCCGCCUCACCGACUUCGAUCGCGAUCCCAUGGAGGCACUGCUGCUGGAGCAGCAGCUCCGUUCGCCACUGCGUCUGUUUCCCGAUCCGCUGAUGCAACAGUUUGCCGCCCAAGGCGAUCCCUCCUCGAUGGCCCUCUUUGAGAAGGCCCGCCAGCAUCUGCAAAUGUUCGGCGGCAAUUCACCGUACGCCCAGCUGAUGAUGCCACAAAUGUACCAGGCGGCUGCGGCGGCAGCGGGACCACCACCACCGCCGCCGGGACUGGGCGCCUUCCACAUGUUCCAGCAGCAGUGGCCGCAACUCACCGCCGGUUUCUUGGCGAGCGCCAAUCAGCAGGCCGCCGCCGCUCAAGCUCAAGCGCAAGCGCAGGCGCAAGCGGCCGCCGCUGCAGCGGUAAUGGCCGCCAACCGGACGCCGCCGCCCCCGCCUACCGCAUCCACGCCCUCGUCGACGUCGUCGGGAUCUCCAUCGCCCGAUAUGCGACCGCGGCAAUAUCAGCGGUUCAGUCCAUACCAGCUGCCCGGCGGUCAGGGGCCGCCCACCUCCGCCGCCGGCUCUCCGCCCGUCGUAACCGCCUCCCGCAGCCCCGCCCACUAGGCUAGCAAGCUGCCCCUGCCCCCAAGUUCUUGCCACGAGCAGUAUUAAAAACAAAACACAUUGAGGCUAGAAGUUGUCUAAAGUAAAACUAUUGCAGUGAAGGUAAAACAAUACUUUUAAAAGUUGCGAACAAAUAUUGAAAAAAGUAUUUAUAUAUCUCAUAAAGAUUUUUUUUUACGUAAAACUUUUAUUUUUAAUUGAAAAGAUAACCUAAAUAAGAAAUUUUUAAAGUUUCGUUCAUUUGAUUUUUGUGACAAAGACCCAAGUUACUAAGUGUGUAAAAGCUAAAUGCAAAUAAAAAAAACCACAUUUCUUGCAUUUAAAUUAUAUAUAUAUAAUUUCUUUAAAAACUUUAUGACAUCAAAUUUUAAAUUUUAGACAACUUCCAGACUCAGUGCAAACGGAACAAAAAAAAAACUAAACCUCGUUUUGAAUGUUGUAAAUUAUUUGUUGUUUAUAUGAAAAGCAAAGAAAACAUUUCUCUCUAUUUGUUGUAAAAAUUUUAAAUUAUUUAUAAGCUGUACAGUUUUUCUCACUUUCCCCUAGAGAAUUUUUGUAAUUUAGUUUUAUUUAUUGUACAAAUGUUUCAAUGUUGUUCAAAAACUCAUCUCAGUGUAAAGUUAGAACGAAAUUCACUCAAAAACUAUGCAAACACAAGAAAAAAAAAACAAAUUAAUAUAUAUAAAUAAAAACGCUGCACGAUUGUAAACUAUAUGUAUGUAGCUAUAUAUAGUGUAAACAUUAACCGUUAGUUAUGCUAUUACAUCUAAAGAUAUAUUUAUAGUAUUAACAAUAAAUUCAUAGACGCUUCAGUUAGUUCUAUUUAUCCGGCGAAAAGGAGAAGAUUUAUUUAGCAUAAAUUAGAAGAGAAUAAAACCAUAAUCUGUAUUCAAUGUGAACGCUAAAAAAAAGUGAAAACACGAAAAAUAUUUAAACAAAAAUUAUCAAACAAAAAACACACACAAAAAAAAACACAAACAUAUAAAAACAAAUCAAAAAUAAAUAAAAAUAUGUGAACC